AUGCCAUUUCAAGUAUCUUGGCUCAGUCUGCUGACAGUUUUCCUGACAGGAUCCCUAACUUCAAUUGAAGCCGAAGUGUUCCCGCAGUGCGCGAAUGCUCCGGUGGAUACCUUUGUCAUGGCCAUCGAGGAUUGCGCUUCGUACAUCUAUUGCAAUGGAGAGGACUCCUUCCGAGACAGCUGCCCCGAGUCCACCUACUUUGACGACCGCACCCAGGAGUGUGCCUUUGAUGAUGAGGGUGUGUGCCUAAGGAACUCCGAUUCAGUCCUCACCGAGGAGCUGCCCGAUAAGCAGGCCACUGGUGAGGAGCAGGAUGGCAUCGAUGGCACCACUCCCGUGCCAAUAAAUGCCUCUACCGGAUCUUCAGAUUCUUCCACUUUACAAGCUGAUCCUGCAACACCCCCUGCAGAAUCAUUUCCCUCAGUGACUACGCCACCUACUACAUCUCCUAAGCCAUCCGCUCCAUCUCCAACGCCUUCCUCUCCAGCUCAGGGCAGACCGCACUGCGACGCAUCCGGAGACGGUGACCAUCCUCAUCCCCAGCGGUGCGAGUACUACUACAGGUGCCUAGGCGGCUAUCUGACCAUUGUGAGGUGUCCUUACAAAUAUGGCUGGGACUUUCCCACAAAGCAAUGCAAGCCGCUCAGCGAGGCUCAGUGCUUCAGUUAUAACUACUAG